AUGAAGCUUGCCAUGUUUUUUUUGAUUCUAUGUUGCGCAUUCUCAAUCAAUUUGGGCGCUGCAAAAAGGUUUGAGUAUGAUGGAAGUGAGUACCUUAACAUUAUUAACUACAACCACAGUCUUUUUCUUCUAAUUUUGUUUUCUAGAUUACCCUUACAUCAAUUCCUGGUUUACUGCCGUAAAUCCAAUCAAAUUCUUCAAGACAAAACUGGAAAUUGAAUGUUCUUAUAGCUUUUAUCUUGGCAAAGAAUGCGCAGCAAAUUGCACAGCCUCCCCGAUUAGUCCGACAUACGAUAACGAGUAGGUUUUAAAAAAAGUCAUCAACUCGCUAUCACUUUUACAGUAUCUACAACGCCGUACACACAAAGAACAUUUCUUCAAGAGAAUACAAAAUCCACACGUGUACGGGCGAUCAAUACCAAGGGUAUUUGGGGACCGACCUUACAAGUCCGGAUGGGAAUGCUACGUUUGAAACCAUAACGAAAGCCUACGGUCGUUUACCACUCGAUGCUCCAGGAGUUUUGGGAUUGAAUGGAAAUAGGGAUUUGAUGAUGAGGAAAAUAUUCAGCGAGAUGGGAAGAACCAAGCAAAUCAUCUUCAGAAGAGGUCCAUUUGUGCAGUAUUUGGUAAGAAAUAAAAAGUACAGGGUGUUCCAUCUUUGAAAAGUUUCAAAGUAAAGGCUAUUUGAAUCUAUGGCUUGAACCCAUCUAUCGGCAAGUUGUGCUCUCCCGCUGCGGUAACAAUCCUUGUUCAUUUCAGGCCGACAAUUUUAACAACCGAAAACAGUGAAAGAAAAUAUUAGUUUUUUUUGGCUGCAACUUUUUACUGUAGUUUACUGAAAAGUUGUACCAUAUUUGGUAUUAAACAAAAUGGGAGAUCGUGAGGAUUCAGGUAAAAAAGGAAUCUUACAAUUUGGCUGAAAAUUGAAGAAGUUAUAGCCAGUUCAAAUCGGGCCAUAAAGAUGGAACACCCUGUACAAAAGUCCUUGCUUUAACAGUUCAAACCGUAUCCUGCAGUUUCCCUUGUCUGUAAUUUUCAAUCAUCUUGCAAAAAAAAAAUUGUUGGCUUUCUGUAGCUGUUUCCUACAUAUUUUUAGCCAACUAGUGUGCGCCUGAAUCCCAAAGGCGUUUUCAGUACGGGCGCGGAAACUUUGGACGGCUGCGGCAACUUCACUUAUUUCCCAACGAUUCGAAAUCGAGGAUGGAGGAUCAAGGCAGGGUGAGAAAUUGCGCAACAGUUUUUACAAGCCUAUUGAAUUGUCAUCAAAUUUAAUUUUAGUAUAAAACUUGCCGAUGAGGUGUUCCACAAUCGAACAGUUGAAUUCUCUCUCGAUUCCUUAACCACGAUCCCGAUAGAAGUCUACAAAAAGUACUUCAGGAAUGCCCAAUUCCUUGGUGACCUCCCAAAUUUGGCAUUGAUUACUGGCAACGGAGAAUUUCCGAUCAAUUCCACCAACUUCGCGCAGUACAAAAACAAGUAUCGCGACGUGCUUUCCGCGUACGCUCGAUCUCAACUAUUCGAAAGGUCCACUUUCGUUUUGGGGGACAAUUUCCUCAGCGAUUACUGUAUUGCGCUGAGGGCUACUGAUGCAGAAAUUUCUGAAUUUGAGAUCGGAUUGGCGUCUGCAAUAGAGAUUGAGCGGGAUCCGAAAUGGGAAAAGAAUAUACCUCCGGCAAGAGAUGACGAAGGUGGAAGUGGAGAUGGAGGAAAAGGUGGUGAUUCAGCGAGCACUGCAGCCUUGAAUAUCAUGUUGGUUGUUGCCUUGUACUUGGGAGUUGCUGCAUAA